AGCAACAACAGGAGUAGCAACAACAGGAGUAGCAACAACAGGAGUAGCAGCAACAACAGGAGUAGCACGAUCUGCACAGAGGUACUAGAGGCGCUUCGGAAUGGAGGAUUGGGCGAGUCAAAGGAGCGGGCGGAGUCUUACCGUGCGGAGUGUCACAGGCUCUUCCCGUACGCGCUAGCCUUCAUGCCCGUGGGGUACGAGGAGAACACCAAGAUCACCAAUGGCGACGUCUCAACAGAGACCGAGGAGCUGGCCAAUGACAUGUGAGCUGCGCUACGGUUGGAGAAACCUUACGUGCCAAGCACCGAGCCUUGGGGGACACCAAGUCGACUGGACGCCAUUUUGUAGCACCUGUUGAAACGUUGAAGUGGAGGAGACAGAGGGUUUGUUUCUCCUUUGCUUGGGCUUUGGCGCAGUUCGGUUCAUCUGUCUCCGACGUGGCAAACUAGGACUGUGUGUGGAGGAGGAAGAGGAGAAGGAGGAAGAGGGGAAUGAAAUAGGAAGUGAAUGAAAUGGGAAUUGUAUUUUUUCAUCUUGCUGACGGACUCUAACUGAAAAUACAACAUCAACAAACACUAUCAUCAACGAGUUUAUUAAAAACACAAACAACAGGCAGAUGAGAUGAAACUAUUUAUGUCAUGAACAGCAACACUUGGUAUUUUUUCUGAGAGGAGAUGGAGAACUGUGUUCUCCGUUACUUUGUGUUUUCUCCGUGUAUUCUGGUUCUUUCUCCUGUGUUCUCCGUGUAUUCUGGUUCUUUCUCCUGUGUUCUCCGUUACUUUUGACCACUUGUUCUAACACAGCAGCAGGUUUAAUAAUGACCACUGGAUCUAACACAGCAGCAGGUUUAAUAAUGACCACUGGAUCUAACACAGCAGCAGGUUUAAUAAUGACCACUGGAUCUAACACAGCAGCAGGUUUAAUAAUGACCACUGGAUCUAACACAGCAGCCGGUUUAAUAAUGACCACUGGAUCCCACACAGCAGCAGGUUUAAUAAUGACCACUGGAUCUAACACAGCAGCAGGUUUAAUAAUGACCACUGGAUCUAACACAGCAGCAGGUUUAAUAAUGACCACUGGAUCUAACACAGCAGCAGGUUUAAUAAUGACCACUGGAUCUAACACAGCAGCCGGUUUAAUAAUGACCACUGGAUCCCACACAGCAGCAGGUUUAAUAAUGACCACUGGAUCUAACACAGCAGCAGGUUUAAUAAUGACCACUGGAUCUAACACAGCAGCAGGUUUCAUAAUGACCACUGGAUCUAACACAGCAGCAGGUUUAAUAAUGACCACUGGAUCCCACACAGCAGCAGGUUUAAUAAUGACCACUGGAUCUAACACAGCAGCAGGUUUAAUAAUGACCACUUGAUCUAACACAGCAGCAGGUUUAAUAAUGAACACUGGAUCUAACACAGCAGCAGGUUUAAUAAUGACCACUGGAUCCCACACAGCAGCAGGUUUAAUAAUGACCACUGGAUCUAACACAGCAGCAGGUUUAAUAAUGACCACUGGAUCUAACACAGCAGCCGGUUUAAUAAUGACCACUGGAUCCCACACAGCAGCAGGUUUAAUAAUGACCACUGGAUCUAACACAGCAGCAGGUUUAAUAAUGACCACUGAAUCUAACACAGCAGGUUUAAUAAUGACCACUGAAUCUAACACAGCAGCAGGUUUAAUAAUGACCACUGGAUCUAACACAGCAGCAGGUUUAAUAAUGACCACUGGAUCUAACACAGCAGCAGGUUUAAUAAUGACCACUGGAUCUAACACAGCAGGUUUAAUAAUGACCACUGAAUCUAACACAGCAGCAGGUUUAAUAAUGACCACUGGAUCUAACACAGCAGCAGGUUUAAUAAUGACCACUGGAUCUAACACAGCAGGUUUAAUAAUGACCACUGGAUCUAACACAGCAGCAGGUUUAAUAAUGACCACUGGAUCUAACACAGCAGCAGGUUUAAUAAUGACCACUGGAUCUAACACAGCAGGUUUAAUAAUGACCACUGAAUCUAACACAGCAGCAGGUUUAAUAAUGACCACUGGAUCUAACACAGCAGCAGGUUUAAUAAUGACCACUGGAUCUAACACAGCAGCCGGUUUAAUAAUGACCACUGGAUCUAACACAGCAGGUUUAAUAAUGACCACUGGAUCUAACACAGCAGCAGGUUUAAUAAUGACCACUGGAUCCCACACAGCAGCAGGUUUAAUAAUGACCACUGGAUCCCACACAGCAGCAGGUUUAAUAAUGACCACUGGAUCCCACACAGCAGCAGGUUUAAUAAUGACCACUGGAUCCCACACAGCAGCAGGUUUAAUAAUGACCACUGGAUCCCACACAGCAGCAGGUUUAAUAAUGACCACUGGAUCCCACACAGCAGCAGGUUUAAUAAUGACCACUGGAUCUAACACAGCAGCAGGUUUAAUAAUGACCACUGGAUCUAACACAGCAGCAGGUUUAAUAAUGACCACUGGUUGUCUCUAUUUUCUUUAUGACGGUAAGGAGGAGCCUCCCACCACGUUGCUAUGGGUACAGUACUUCCUGGCGCAGCACUACAAUAUUAUUGGCCAGCAGACGCUGGCUCCGGAGUACAUCAACACGGCCAUCGAGAGCACGCCCACUCUCAUAGAACUGUUCCUUAUCAAGGCCAAGAUAUACAAGAUCUGCACAGAGGUACUAGAGGCGCUUCGGAAUGGAGGAUUGGGCGAGUCAAAGGAGCGGGCGGAGUCUUACCGUGCGGAGUGUCACAGGCUCUUCCCGUACGCGCUAGCCUUCAUGCCCGUGGGG